GAAACCCUAUUCGCUCCUUCAAAAUUUGAAAAGACCCUCAAAUCCCUUCCAUGUAUAUAUCUCCGCGCUCUCUGCACUUUCUUUCUCUGUCUCUGUCUCUCUCUGGUUAUAUAUACAUUUGAGAGAGCUAAAGAGAGAGACUUUUAGUUUGGGCAAGUAUCAGUGACAGCCGAAGUCCCAUAUCUGCUACCUCUCUUUCAAACCCGAAACUAGAAUGGAGUCUCUCCCAGAUGCCAUUGUUCAAUACAUCCUGUCAUACAUGAUCAAUGCGCGGGAUGUGGCAGCUUGCAACUGUGUUUCUAAGCGAUGGAAGGAGUCUCUGCCUUUCAUUAGAAGCCUCUACUUUCCUCGUAACUCUUUUGAUAACUACUGGCGUAGUGAUAGUCCGGAUAAGGUUGUGUGGAAGAUGAUCUCGUCGAUUGUUCGACUAGAAGAGCUUGUAGUGUAUAGUCCAUUUACCAGUGCAGGCCUUGCCUCGUGGCUAACGCUUACUGGUCAAUCCCUCAAGCAUCUGGAGCUCAGAAUGGACAAUCUUGCAGAUUAUAACUCUUGUACUGAGAGUCCCUCAAAAUUGGAUUGCAUUGGUGCUGCAAGGAAUUUGGAAACACUGAAGCUUUGGGGUGUCUUAAUGACCCAGUCCCCAAAGUGGGAUGCGUUCAAAAAGCUUCGAAACCUUGAGAUUGUUGGUGCAAAAGUGGAGGAUCCUGCUUUGUCUGCUGCACUUCAGGCAUGCCCAAAUCUAACUAACUUGCUUUUGCUUGGUUGCGAAGGAGCAAGAUCAGUUUCGAUUGAUUUGCCAAAUCUGGAACAUUGUAAACUGGACUUUUAUGGCUUGGGUAACUGCUCGCUCUCUCUAUCUUCUCCCAAAAUCGAAUCCUUUGAGGUGCAAGGCUGUAGUUGGAUUAGAGCUCCCCAAACCGAGUGCUUGAGGAAACUUUCAGUUGCCAAUAAUGCUGGGAGAGUCUACAUGGUGGACUUUGGAAAACUCGCCGCCCUCGAGUUCUUGUCAAUUAGGGGAGUACAAUGGUGUUGGGAUGCAGUAAGCAAAAUGCUUCAAUUGGGGAGUGAGGUGAAGCAUCUUUAUAUGAAGGUUGAAUUCACAGGGGAUUUGGAAACCCUUCAUCCUUUUCCAGAAGUUGAUUUUGUUGAUUUUUUCAAUAGCCAUCCCAAACUGCAAAAAUUUGAUAUCCAUGGAGCCAUGUUUGCAGCUCUUUGCCAGAAAAACAGCCUGAAAAAUGUGGAGUCAGGUUUUGUGAUUCCAUGCUUGGAGGAGGUGGUGAUCACAGUGAGAUCACCAUUAAAUGCUGAACAGAAGUUAACCACUCUGGAGUCGCUGUUGAAGUAUGGGAAAAAUCUGAAAUCCAUGGUUAUAAGGAUCCUUCAGAUGAGGAGCAGUCAUAGCAGCGCGGAUGAUUUCUUUGAUGAGAUAUACAGAUUCAAAUGCACCAACCAGCCUCUGGUUCGUAUUGAAUAGAUAGAGAAUAAGGAAAGAUUACAAGGGACAUUCCCUUUCUCAUUUGGGUAGUUUCACUUUCACUUGACUUUUCAUUCUCCUAUUGACAGUUUCUGCUGCUAAUUUGAUUGAAAUCCCCGGUCAUUCUUCA